GCUGCUCAUAAACCCAAAAUGGACAGCAGGAUUAUCUGUCUGAUGUUUCUGCUGGGACUUUAUGAAGGAGGAAUGGCACAAAUUGCUGCUACACCUGCCCCAACUACAACUACACCAGUUUCAACUACAACUACAACUGUCCCAACUACAACUGCUCCAACUACUACUAGACCUGCCUCUACUACAGUUACAACUCUGCCAACAACAACAGGUGGCUGUAAACCGUUACCGUGGGACGAUCUUACAGCGCUCUAUAACUCACCUGUGUUCAAUGCUGAGUGGAUGGUGACGCCCGAGGGGAACACGCCUGUCCUCGCAGGAUUCAUCGCCUGCAGUGGAGUCAGGGUGACUUUGUGUGACGGCUCAAAGUGGCUCAUUCACCAAGAGCCUGACGAUGACGUAGUAGUGAGCAGCGCCACCUACCUGUCUGUCACAUGGUCGACACAAUGCAGCCACAAUUUCUCUGGACAAAAGACUGUGUCCGACAUGGUGAAUGCUGCUGGAGAGUCAUACAGUUUCCUGUUUGACUGCAACAUCAUGUCCAUAACGAUCAUGUGGCCGACUACAACUGCCCCAUCUACUACUACAACUGCCCCAUUUACUAAUACAACUGCCCCAACUACUACUACAACUGCCCCAUCUACUACUACAACUGCCCCAUUUACUAAUACAACUGCCCCAACUACUACUACAACUGCCCCAUCUACUACUACAACUGCCCCAUCUACUACUACAACUGCCCCAUCUACUACUACAACUGCCCCAACUACUACUACAACUGCCCCAACUACAACUACACGUGCCCCAACUACUACUACAACUGCCCCAACUACUACUACAACUGCCCCAACUACUACUACAACUGCCCCAUCUACUACUACAACUGCCCCAUUUACUAAUACAACUGCCCCAACUACAACUACACCUGCCCCAACUACAACUACCCCAUCUACUACUACAACUGCCCCAACUACUACUACAACUGCCCCAUCUACUACUACAACUGCCCCAACUACUACUACAACUGCCCCAACUACAACUACACCUGUUCCAACUACGACUAGACCUGCCGCUACUACAGUUACAACUCCUUCUACUACAGUUACAACUCCUUUUACUACAACCACAGCUCUGCCAACAACAACAGGUGGCUGCAAAAAGUUCACAAAAUAUGAGCUGUCAAAGGAGGAGCUUACGGAGCUCUUUAACUCACCUGUGUACUACGCUGAGUGGAUGGUGAGGCCCCUGUGGAAGCUGCCUAUUGUCAUAGGACCCAUCUCCCACAGUGGAGUCAGGGUGACUUUGUGUGAUGGCUCAAUGUGGCUCAUUCAUAAAGUGCCUAAAAAUGGCACAGUAGUAACCAGCGCCACCUACAUGUCUGACAGGUGGUCGACAAAAUGCAGCAAGGAUUUUAAUGGAGAAAAGACUGUUUCUGACUUGGUGAAUUCCGGUGGAAAGUCAUACAAUUUAAUCUUUAACUGCCAUGUCGCGUCCAUAAAAAUGAUGGUUUAGUGAUGUGGCCCAUGCUGCGUCAGUUCUUCCAUACACAUUUAUUUAAAGCUACAGUAUGUAACUUUCUAGAGGUGGAAUGUCACCUGGAUGCUUCCAUGGAAAUAAAAAGUUAAAACCAGACUCCAGAACAUUCCUGCAAUUAUGCCAUAACUACAGGAUGCCAUAUUGUGGUAGGUGACAUAAAAGUCAGGUUUGUGGAGAUGCGAGCCCCCUUAGAGAAAGGAUGCAUAUUUUUGUAUGUUUUUUUCAGUGCAAGAAGCACAACAAAAAUGAUGGAAAUUUUUUUUUAUUUUUGUCUAUUUCAGGCAAAAAACUUACAU